UCUUCACGAUUCCUGGCCUCCAUUCGUCAUACACUGACGCGUCGACACCCGAAUGAUGGUCAAUGUCGCGUGGCGCGCGCGAUGGACGGCGAUCUCCUUCGCUCGUCGAUCGGAUGUUUGUCUUGUCCAUCGCCAAGGUAUUAUAACGAGUGGCGCACGUCAAAUGCCUAAACAUAUAUGAAUUAGUCGUUUUAGUGGAAUUAGCGGCAAUUGAUAACAUUCAAAAACGCCAUAGUUUUUAAAAUUAGAAUGGUAGCGGUAGCGAGCAGUGAAACGCGCGUAUCGUUUGCGUCACACGUAACCGGCUACCACUGGGGGGCUACACUACACAAGUGAGGGGGACACUGCAGUGGUGUCGCCAGGAAAACAUGGAGCACGUUUCCUGGUGUCUCUCAGGUACAUCGGAGAGGGCAAUGGGCAGCGGCCAGUCGGUGCGCGAGAGUCACUUCAAGCGCGAGGCGGCGCAGCCCGGCCAGCCCGGCCAGCCGGCGCAGGACGCGGACCCCGCCGACCACCACAUCAGCAUCUCUAACAAAAUGGUGGAGCGGCUGGUGGAGGACGCGACGUUGGCGGGGCGCGCGGCGGGCGCGGGGGGCGCGGCGGCCGGAGCCCCGCGCGGACACUACAAGGAGAAGAUGUUCAUGGAGAAGCUCAUCUACCUCGACGACAACCACUCGCAGAGAUACAGGAUCACGGUGGAGGACCUGAACGCGACGGCGGCGCGCAUCGAGCUGCGCACCGGCAACAUGGUGAGCGUGGCGCCGGUCUGCGCGCACUGCAACCAGGCCGUCAUCGAGUGCUACGCGCGCGCAGACGACCCUCGAGCACACCACCUCCACUGCGCAGACGCCGUCGGCGCGUUCGCGAGCUGCGUGAAGGCGGCGGCGGCACAGCGGCUGCGAGCGCGCACGCAGAGGGAUGCGCGCGAGCACGCGCGGCGCGAGCGGCACGUCGCGCAUGCUCGCGAGCACGCGCUACGCGAUCUCGCCCCGCCGCAGCCGCAGCCGCAGCCGCAGCCGCAGCCGCAACCGCAGGAAGUGCCCGCCUAG